AGGCUGGUGGCCGCUCUCAGGUUUCUCUCUGCCACAAUACAAUAAUAAUUUGAUUUCUAUUUUUUCGAACUAGACCUCGGCCAUUUUGUGUAGAUGCUGACGCCGAUCAUAUGAGUUUUAAGUUUAUGGUAGAUUUUUGCAUCCGUAUUUACUGGUAUACGUUGCCAUGACAGCCGAUUUGAAUCGCCGAGAACGCAAAUAUUUGUAGUGGCAUUUCCGGGAUAUCUUUUUGUUAUUUUAUGUAAAAUAUUUUAUCAAACCUUGCAAGAUGAUAGAAGCAGCCGAAUCAAGCGUGCAAAUUGUUCUGAGUAUAAAAGAAGGAAAGGGUUUUGAGCAAGUUUUACAGCCAACAUUAUUACUUGGAACCUUAAAUGGACAUUCCUUGCAAACUGACAGAAUUGAUGCGAAUCCAACUCCGCAAUAUGAGACUGACCUGGUUUGGGAGACCAAUAAAACUACAUUGAGAAAAAUGCGAUCAGGGCAAGUUCCAUUAAAAUUAGAAUGCUUUGCUUUUAAAGAGAACGGGGGUAAAGAGAGACUUGGAUAUGUUUUGUUAAGCAUACGCUCUGCGCAUGUAACAUCUAAGCAUGGAGACUCGAGUCCGAGAGCAAGCUGGCACAAAUUGUUGGGAUUGAGAAACGACUUUAAAACGCAAAAACCUCAAUUACUUCUCACUUUAAAGAUUGAGGAUCGGAAAAACAUGGAUUCCAAUCCCACAGCAGAGAUCUUAUUCCAGAGACGUCCGGAGAUCGAGUAUCACAGAAAUCCUGCUGGCGAUUUUGAACGAUUCAGCUCCAGGAACAUCUCUAGUGAAGCAAAAUGUGAAACUCAGCAAAUCGCUGAUCGCCAGUGCCCGAAAUAUCAGUCGGAUAAAAUCACACAUUCGUAUCCGUGUGACGCAAUAUUCUGCAAUUGCGUUAACAGAAAUUAUCCCAAAGGGGUAACAUCUUAUCACUGCUUCUGUCUAAAUAUCUCGCUCGCAGCGAUAACGUUGGUAUCUGACAGAUUGUCUGGGCGGCAAAUCGAAUUUCGAUUCCAUCAUCCGAAAGCUGAGAUUACAUCAACGACGCGUGUGACAAUGCCAGUUUCGAGUGAAAGAGCCAAGUUACACGAUAUCGGAUGCCAGUUUCAUUUUAUAUCCGCGCCGGAUGAAAUAAAACAAUUAUUACAAUCCUUCCCGCCGAAGAUCAGUAUGCAUGAUACGAACGAAAAUGCUAAAUCCUUAUCAUUAUUAAUGCUUGAUAUGAAACCAUUAUUUUAUCAGGACAAGCCUGAGUGUCAAUAUAAAUUACCCAUGUACGACACGGAUGGAAAUAAGAUUGGCGAGAUAGAUGUUAUACUCAAGUUGGAAAAUCAUGGACCGCAUUUUGUAUUAAAGAAAGAAAUUACUGGUAAAAAUCUAGGUCCACCAAUACUAGACGACAGUUUAGCGUAUAAAAUAGUAGACGAGCUCGAAACGUGGAAAGACCGUCAGAAGGAAAUUUUUAAAGUCGAGCUCAAGAAAAAGGAAGAACGAUAUCUGAACAUGUUGAGCGAAGAGUGGCGGAAGCAGAAAGAAAAUUUAGAAUCUAAGCUCGCAUGCAGCGUCGAACAAUGUAAGAUGCUGGCUAACAGUUUGAACAACGCUACUGAAGAUUUAAGAACGCGUCGAUUAAAAAGCCUGGAGAACGAGAGCAGAUUGAUCAAAGCAAACGAAGACGUACAAUGGAGAUACGAGGUCAAAUUACAAGAGCUGAAGGAUUCCUUACAUGCAAUGCAAAGCGAGCUUACGUCAAAGGUUACCAAACUUGAAGAGAAGAAAGCAGCUCUGGAGACGCAAAUGGAGCUACUAUUGUACGAAAAUGAGAACUUAAAGAUGUCAAUGAACAAACAGACGCAGGAAUUACAAAUGUAUCAGAAGGCGUCUUUGACUCAGGAUCAAACAGCGUCUUUGUUGCAAGAGAUAAAAGUUCUCGAGGAAAAAUUGGAUAAUGCCCAGAAGGGCAAGUCGUUCUUCAAGGAACGGUGGGGCAAAGCGGUGCGCGAGAUACAUAGAAUGAAACUGGAUAAUCAGUGUGCCAUGCAAGUUCAAAUCAAGAAUAGUAAAGAGGAAUUGAAGAACGUGGAUUUGGCAGAAAUGUUAUCUAUGGAUACAAAAGCUUUGAACAAUGAUCAAAUGUUACUGCACGAGCUUCAAAAGGAGAUCGACAUAAUUAAGCCGAGCGCUUCGAAAGAAACCUACAACGAAAUCUUUAUGCCAUCGGAGAGAUAUAACGAACGGUUGCAGGCACUGAAGGAGGAACGUGACUCUCUUUUACGUACCGGAAGUUACGCGGCUGACGACGUGGUGAUCAAAAGACUGAACACAGAGAUACAGUCCUUGCUAAUAAGCAGGUAGCAAAUUUAUUCGGAAAGUAUUCGGGAAGUAUCCGGAUCAGCUAGAGUCUAUCUUUUGGUAAUAUAUUUUUAUAUGGACGACAAAUUUAUACAAUCGCGAAAUAAAAAUCUACGACAUGUUAUAUACACAGCAAAAUUAUACAUAUAUAUAUUUAUACGAAUAAAUAUUUCGUAAG